AUGUCCCACAAAGGGUUUUGUCAAGGUGAUUUUCUGGAUGAGAGGAUCCUGGCGGACAAGUCUCGCUACAUGUCCUCCUGGGAAGAUUUCGUUUCCGAGGUUAUUCAAUUCAGCAGCCCCCUGCGCCAACCUUUCCGAGACUUGUCCAGCACUGUGACUGCAGGGAUUUGGCAAAGGGCUACGCUGUCCGCCGCAGAAAUUGCGGCAUACCGGACGGAGCAGAUGGCGCGUAUUCGUCGCGUUGUGGCGGCGGAUGGUCCUUCAACACAGCCUCGUUGGGGAGUGUUACAGCGUUUGGCAGAAGUGGCAGGCCAUCCAGAUAAGGCUUUGGCCGAAGAUGCGCAGCAGCCAGAUGGAUUCCGCUUGUUGGGACGACUGCCAGUAGUGCCACAAUGGCCACAACGCCCGGAACCUCUUGCUUGGGAUGAUGCAGCUCAUGUUCGAGAUCUCCAGCGUCUCUUGGACAAGCAUGCUGUUAAGCAGAAGGAUGGUCGCUUCAAGGUGCCUGGCAGCCACUCCGCGGAGCUUCACAGGCUACUCGAGGAGGAGACCACCAAAGGCUUUUGGACGUCCUACUCGUGGUCAGAGGCGCGUCAAGAGUUGGGAGACUUUGCUUGUUGGUUGUACUUCGGGGUUCAAGAACCAUCUAAGCUUAGGGGUUGCUUGGAUCCGGAAGAAGCCAAUGGUCCAUCGAUGGUCCUGCUGCCGAACCAAGUUCUCAUGGCUGGUUUGGAUGGCUACCUCUCGCUUUGCCAAACAGUGGCUGCCGCCUUCAAAAAGAAAGGGCAGUUUCCAGCUCUGCGGGGCUUUGCCGAAGAUUACGAGCACGGAUUCCGGCAGCUUCCUCUGUCCUCUUUGGAUAGAAAGCUCUUUUGCGCAACGGCCCAGGACAAGGAGGGGAACAUCAGAAUUUAUGUGCCCCGAACGCUUUUGUUUGGACCGCGAGGGUCCCCGCAUGUUUUCUGCCGAGUCACGGAUGCCGUGUCAGCCAUAGCUGCGGUUCUCUUGCUGAUCCCCAACGUUCCUCACGUGGACGAUUUGGUGGGCGUGGACACUCAGGAUGCAAUAGUGUCGGCGCGAGAGGCCUUUGUCGAGCUGCACGAGCUUCUGAAUUUCAGGCUCAAGGCCACCAAGGCUAGACCGCCUCGCGAUGCAGCGGGAAGUGCUUCAACGUUUGUGGCGCUGGGAGCUCUCCUCAGCUUUGACACCACGGAACACCAGCGGAAGCUAGGCUUGGUUUGCACCGUGGACAUGCCGCAGCAGAAAGUAAAGAAGUACUCGGACGUCAUCACGUCUACAUUGGCGCAGCGUCACUUAUCGGCUGCCGUGGCUGGGAAAUGUGUGGGCCAGUGGGACCAUUGUUCGGCUCUGGCCCUCGGCAAGUCAGGUCGUGCCUUUACGUGGCCUCUUAGGGAACUUUCUCGCGGCGGACAAGUCUCGUGGCGAGUGCUGCAAGCUGCUCUAGUGGGCUUCAGCAUUUUCAUGUGCGCCUCCGGCCCCAUGCCGGUGCAUGUUCCAGGCACGCUGGCUCGAAGGGCGGCCCUCAUCUUUGUGGAUGCUGCAGGGAGAGCCAACAGCUACAGACUCGGAGGAGUGGCUUGGGGAGCUGGUUGGUUCUGCUUUUUCUCUCAAGAGAUACGACCAGAGGACUCUAACCUGUUGCCUUGGCUGUCGGGUCACUGCAUAAAUGAGGCCGAGGCCUUAGCAGCUGUGGUGGCAUUGCUCACCUGGUCGGACCGGCUGGAAAACGUGGAUGUCUUCAUCUUCAUAGACAACGUGGCUGCGGAAGGUGUCUUGGUCAAGGCGUACAGUUCGUCGCCGCACCUUACAGUCCUAGCAGGGCUGUUCUGGCAGGCAGUCAGGCGGGUCAAAUGCUCAGCAUGGGUGGGGCGCGUUCCUUCGGAACUCAACAUAGCUGAUGGUCCCAGCCGAAAGCAUCAUGCAAUCUUGGAGCAGCUCCACGCUUCACAAGUCGCAGCAGUUCUGCCUCCGGCUUUCACUGCUAAUUUCUUCUUGGAAUUCUUACAGAGUUCCUGGGUCCAAGCAGAUGCCUCUGUCAGCCACGUGGCUCCGGGACCGCGUCCCGUGCAACCUUGCGCAACUGGUGCAGCAACCGCUGCGGGCCAUGACCGCCUACAGGCAAGCGUAGCAGAUGGUUCUCCUCCGCUGGCGUCAUCCGACCACGCGGUCCGUCAGGUUCCUUCAAGGGACUGGGCUUCUCAAGCAAGUCGCAAGCGUCGCCACCAGGGCCAACGCUGA